UUACAUAUAAAAAAUGAGAAGAAGAUGUGCGUCGUCCAAGAAUGAUGGAUGAGGCAUCAGCCCGAUGAGAAAGCACACGGUCACAGCCAGCUAGCGCACCCUCGGCUUGCCUCCCGCCCCAAGUUUCUCCCCUCAGACACUGCUGUCUUCCUUACUGAGCACACAACACUCUUCCCUAUAAAUUUACCCAACCGCACACCACCGCCUCCCCGAGUCAAUACCUCUCUUCCACUACUUGGAGACUUACUCUUGUGUGCUUACCAAGCCGAGCAAGUCACCUGGAUCUCACUGUUACUACUUACUACGUAGUACUAGCCAAGGCCUUCCAAUGGAUCAGGAUGUGAGGGGGAUUAUGCAGUACCGGCGGGGGAUACCGGCGUUCGGGGAAUGGAACUAUGACCACGGCGACGACGACUGGUCGGUGCUCACCCAGCGCUUCGAGUCUGCGACGAUGCAGAUCCCCUUUCCCGUACAGAAACAACCCCUCCACAAGAGAGCUAGGGCAGGUCGCCGCAGGCGCAUCCCGGCGUUCGGACAGUGGAACAACGACCACAGCAAUGACGACGGUGAUGGCUGGACGGCGGCCGUCAAUCAGUGCUUCGACCCUGCCGUCACGGCGCACAAAUCACAUAAACAGGUCGGAACUUGGUACGACGACAAUGGCGUCGUCGCCAUGGGGAAGCAGCAGCACAAGGUGAGGCAAGCCUGGGACGCUAACACUGAGCCCCACGUAGCGAUGGAAGAACCCUUCUCCUUCACGGUGGUCAAAGCUCUUGACGACGACCUGUACAAGGUCCCGCAAGAAAUGCUCUGCAGCAAGUCCAUGCGACGGAAGGGUAGGACGUGGCUGAGGAGCUUCCUGACCAGUUGCCUCGGCCUCAACUGCUUCGCCUAAUAAACUAGAUGACCGUGGUGACACAUAUACAUGCUGUCUUGUUCUAUCUUCUACGUGUUUAAAAGCAGUGGAUGGGUUCAUAUCCUGUAUGCUUGUGCCGCCUAGGACUCAGAUUGUCGUGCUCUAUGUUCAUCUGUUUGCUGCACCAAUAGAACUCACAUCGUUCUUAAUCCAUAGAGAGAAGGCCUUACAUACAAUAUGUUUCAUGUUUUUUUUAUGUGUGAGCAAAACUCCCAAGCUCAACAAUUUAAUUUCGAAAGAUUCAGUUCUGUGCU